UGUAGUAGCAUCAUGACAAAAAAAAAAAAAUCCCAAGAGUCACCUAAAGGAAAAAGAAUGCUGUAUGCAUUAGGUGAUACACAACUUAUUCAGCCCACCCUUUCCACCCAACAGCAAUAUAAAUACAAUGCAGCCCAGAGGUUAAGUAAACCAAUACAACACUUUCACUAACCAACUUGCUUAUUACACUGACAAGCCUUCAAGACUGAAUAUGGAACACUUUAUCAGGAUUGCCUUUUGGACUGUUGCUCUCUUUGGUUGUCUUCAAGCAAAACCUGUUGUCCCCAGUGACUGGAAUUUCGAUUCUCUGAGGAAUGAGGUCAACUGUCUGAGUGAUUCAACUUUCUAUACUCCAAAAAACGUGAAGGAAAAAUGCUUUACUACAGCACUGGACUGCGCUAUGAGAGAACUUGAUGGAACAGCCAGAAUCGAAUGCGAUGACCCCCACGGACACAUAAAUGACAUGGUUGAAACUAUGAUUACAGAAAUCGAGAAACGGAAUAAGACCUUCCCUCUGACAAACUCCAGUGAAUGUGCCUGUGAGGGAUUGCCUGAAACUUCUUUCCAGGACUUUCUGAAGGAAACGAAAUCUUUAUUUCAACAAAUAAAUGGUCAAGAGAGAGGAAAAGCCUCGGGUCAAUAAGACAGGGGCAACCUUUAUGCUGCAGCUUCAACCUUUGCGCCGCAGCUUCACCAUCAGUACAGCAAAAUGCUGCAGGAAGUCUAUACAGCUACAGUGUACUGCAAAGAAUGGAGAACUAAACGUCAGCUGGUAGGAGAUGGUGUAAUCAGCCACUGGUUCUAAAGCAGACCAACUUUUCAAGAAUGUAUCAAAGUGUUUUAUGUAACCAAGCAACGUCUACACAUGUUUGUAUUAACACUGCUCUAAAAUAUUUGCAUUUAUAACCAUGUCACUGUAAUAUGGAGACAAGGCAAAUAUUCAUAUUAAAUGUUUUGUUGUUUUUUUUGUUUAAGUACUUAUUAAUAUAAUCUUAUGUUUUGACAAUUACAUACAGUACCAGUCAAAAGUUUGGACACUUUCUCACUUAAGUGAAUGUGUGUCCAAACUUUUGACCAGUACUGUAUAUAUUUCUGUAAUUUCUAUAAGAAACUGAUGUGAAUUGUAUUUAAAAGUUCUCAGUACAUGUCCAACAAUGAGAAUGUAUUUGAUGUAAGUUCUUGUGAAGCUCUAAAUUUCUAUUUAUAUAUUUAUUGUUUAUUUAAUAUGCUGUAUUUUGGUGCUCUAAACCUGAAGAUAUAACUUAAUAAAUGUUGUCUUAAAGAGUUCUGUGUAUUGCCAAUAUUAAUAUGUAUAAAUAAUGAAAAACAAGCUGACAGUAGAAUGUUUUGAAGGCAUGUCCUUAGAAGAUUACAAAUAUAUUUGUCCGAAAAACUGUUUAGCCCUUGUGUAUUAAUUGAUUAAUGCAUCUCUGCAUUAUGUUUUGGAUUGACCUACCCAUAAAAUAAGAUACAAUACAAAUUCUGUCAUAGAGACAGAUAUUACCUCUUAGUAUUAGCAGAGAUGACAUCAAUGUGGGAGAGGAUUAGGUGUGUGGCCUCUGUAGGCGGCUGAAUUUCCUCAACGUUAAGGGCAAAUGAAGUAGUCAAGCUGUCCGCAAGUUGUAUGGAAAACCAAGUCAGUGAUUAGUCAUUGACACUGUCAAGUUAUUUUAGGAACAAUUACAAAUUCUGUACAGUCCCAUGGCGCUUAGCAGAAAAGUAGGUCAACUUUACUGUUUGUAAGUUGGCAGGUUAGCCAAAAUCUAAUAGUGGUCAGGUCCUCUCACUCCAGCACUACUUUUAAAUCUCAUUUUAAGACCCAUGCUUUUGUGUCUCCACAAUUAUUAGCAUGACUACGUGAUUGUUUUUAUUAUGUCAUGUUACACAAAUGUACUCAUUUAUUUCCAUUUUAGUAAUUUAAAUGUAUUUUAAAUGCCACAUUAGCUAAUAACAGGCCCUGAUUACACUGAGGAAGAGAUAGUAGAGGCAGUAGUAGAGUACAGGAAGAGAUGGAAACAGAUGAUCCGCAUUGGUGGCCCCUAACAGGAACAGCCGAACGAAGGAUUACACUGAAAUGGAUGUGCAAAGUACAAGCACAGAAAAAGUCAACCUUUUAUGAUUAUGAUGAGCAUCAUUUUUUAAUCAGAUUUCUGAGUAGCUGCACAGAUUCCAGCAGUAUGUUUGUGACCUCUGUGACAAAGUAAUGACACUUAUAAGGCUGCAAACUAACCACUCGGGUUCAAAGGGUUAAUGCAAGUAACUUAGUGUAACUCAGUGUAACUUACAAGCACGUUUGAGUCUAAAAUGCAACAAAAACCUUAUAUCUGAACGACAUAAAGUGUUGAUUGUCAUCGUCUUUCACACUUACACUUAUGAGCGUUUUCUGAACUACUGCUCAUAUUGGCAGGAUGUCAGUUUGUCAGUGGGUUCCAAAACAACCCAUGUGAUAAUUAUAUCAUAAGACAAUUCAUGAGUAUUUUCUGAUCUGCCACCUCUGUGGUUCUGUUUUAAGUUUAUUCAACAAAAUCUGGGUAAGGUUACAGCAUGGUACAGUUAACAAAAGGUCAUGCAUUGAC